UUGCAAAGUCGUCAUUCCAAAUAGACGGCGUCGUAUUUUCUCUCACCUACAAGCACACGCACCACUGUGUUCGCGCUCUCUCUCUUUCUAUAUAUAUAUAUAUAAACAAAUGGACCACCAUCUCUGAGGAUUCGCAUCUAUUGCUCUCUCUCUCUAAAUCUAUUGCUCUCUCUCUAAAACAAUGACCGAUCUGAAGUCGAAAUUUCUGGAGGUGUACUCUGUUUUGAAAUCGGAGCUCCUCAAUGACCCUGCCUUCGAGUUCACCGAUGAUUCCCGUCAAUGGGUCGAGCGGAUGCUGGACUACACUGUACCUGGAGGAAAGCUGAACCGAGGCCUAUCUGUUAUCGAUAGUUACAAGUUGCUGAAAGAAGGAAAAGAACUUACCGAUGAUGAAGUUUUUCUUGCGUGCGCGCUUGGUUGGUGCAUUGAGUGGCUUCAAGCAUAUUUCCUUAUUCUUGAUGAUAUCAUGGAUAACUCUCAAACACGUCGAGGUCAACCAUGUUGGUACAAACUGCCCAAGGUUGGUAUGAUUGCUGUAAAUGAUGGAAUAAUACUUCGUAACCAUAUCCCAAGAAUUCUCAAAAAGCAUUUCAAAGGAAAGCAUUAUUAUGUGGAUCUGCUGGAUUUAUUUAAUGAGGUUGAAUUCCAAACAGCCUCUGGACAGAUGAUAGAUCUGAUCACAACACUCGUAGGAGAGAAAGAUUUAUCAAAAUACUCAUUGCCUAUUCACCGUCGGAUUGUUCAGUACAAAACUGCUUACUACUCGUUUUACCUUCCAGUGGCGUGCGCGCUGCUUAUGUCAGGCGAGAAUUUGGACAAUCAUAUUGAUGUGAAGGAUGUACUCAUUGAAAUGGGAACCUAUUUUCAAGUGCAGGAUGAUUAUUUGGACUGCUUUGGUGCACCUGAGGUGAUUGGAAAGAUUGGAACCGACAUUCAAGAUUUUAAGUGCUCUUGGUUGGUUGUGAAAGCACUGGAACUAUGUAAUGAUGAACAAAAGAAGUUAUUAUAUGAGAACUAUGGAAAGGAAGAUCCAAGCUGCGAAGCAAAAGUAAAGGAGCUUUAUAAAGUUCUCAAUAUUCAGGGUGUAUUUGAAGAGUAUGAGAGCAAGAGUUAUGAGAAGCUAAUCAAUUCCAUUGGAGCUCAUCCAAAUAAAGCAGUUCAAGCACUGUUGAAAUCGUUCUUGGCAAAGAUAUAUAAGAGGCAGAAGUAGGAACUUCACCAAAACCGCAAGGUUGCAUGGAGUUGAAUUCGAAUCUUUUGCCUGAUUAGUAUUUGUAUUCUCCAAACUUGGAGAAAAUGUUGUCUGUAUUCUAUAAGCACGGGUUUUGUUUUCUCUGGACUGGGGGGUAACGAACCGCUACAUUAUUAAGUUUGAGAAUGCACAUGGUUCACAAUAAUAAAAUUUAUAAUGUUGUCCCUCUGUUCA